AUGGCAGCCCAGAAUUUGUUCAGUGUUAGCAUAUUCUUCAUUGUCUUCAGAGAAUCUCUUGAAGCCGUCAUCAUCGUAUCUGUACUCCUUGGCCUCGUCGAACAGAUCGUCCAUGGCGACACAGAGCAAUUCUCGGCACCUCAAAUUACGGAGCAAUAUCAACCCGCCAACAACAACGGUGAAAUAACUACGCCAGGAGAAGAAGAAUCGGAUGCUACCAUCAAGAGACGUUUGAUCCGCAAACUUAGAAUGCAGGUUUUUGCUGGUGCAGGCAUAGGCUUGUUGGUCUCAUUCGCCUUAGGUGCUGCAUUCAUUGCAGUCUGGUUCACUAAGGCGUCCGAUCUCUGGCUCAAGGCCGAAAAUCUCUGGGAAGGCAUCUUCGAACUUAUUGCAUCCCUGAUGAUUUUUGUCAUGGGCAUUACCAUGCUCAAGUUGGACAGGGCCAAAGCUAAAUGGCGCGUAAAGCUCCAGCGCGCGUUUAGUGAACAACAUGUCGAUAGUGGUGUAAGGACUGGGAAAUGGGUACUCUUCAUCCUUCCAAUGAUUACUGUCUUGCGUGAAGGAAUUGAAGCUGUCGUCUUCGUUGGCGGUGUCGCGCUCGGACAGCCCGCAAAAUCGAUUCCCAUCGCUGCAAUCGUGGGCCUUGCUUGUGGACUUAUUUGUGGCUAUUUCAUUUACCAGUUCGCUAGCCGCUCGACUCUAACGAUUUUCCUUAUCGUUAUGACAAAUUUGAUCCUCCUCAUUGGCGCUGGCCUGUUUAGUAAAGCUGUCUGGUCUUUUCAGGAGAACGCCUUCAACGAUUUGCUUGGCGCGGAUGUCGACGACUCAGGAGGUAAUGGACCUGGAUCAUACAACGUACUCGGGAGCGUGUGGCAUCUUGAUUGCUGCAAUCCUGAGACUGACCUGUCAUGGGGCAUAUUCAAUGCUAUAUUGGGGUGGACAAAUAGCGCCACCCAGGGCAGCGUGCUGAGCUACGUGUUCUAUUGGCUCAUGGUAGUCGUAGCGCUCGUGCGCAUGAAGUUCAAAGAGGGUCGUACCAAACUUUUAUGGUUGGAGUCUGCGGCAGGCACGCGCAGGCGACUCGCAAGCGAAAAACAAGCAGAGGACACUGCCGAUGAAAAAGGCUCCCAUAACCUUCCCCUAAGCGCUACCGAAAGUCCCGUCAUCAGUGAAGCUUUACCAACAGAAAUCACCCAGUGAUACAGAUGUCAUUCUCCAAGCGGGCAUUCCAUUGUUUGUUGUCCGGCGAGGCGUAGCCCUAUGCUGGACAGAAUGUACAGUAUGUAGGUUUAUGUAGUAAAAUAUAUGCAGUUUGUGCUAGGUGUUACAAUAACAUCCCCGAAAAUGUUCACGAAGCGGCGAGUACGUGCGAUGAAUUUGAAUAGCGGCUUUAUGCAUUUCUUGUCGUUCAGGAGGUGUUUCAGCUGCUGCG